AUGAGUAACCCCGACAGAUUCAAGUCAGCAUUAAAGCUGGACCAAGUGUCCCUAGUCCGACAGGAAGCACCCACCAAGAAUGUGACGGUACAAGAAGCGACCGCUACGGGUGAAGGGUCAUCAACUAGAGAUUAUUCCAUACAAACUCUGAUCACGACCAUUAGAUCAAGUAGAGCGAAAUAUGCUGAAAUCGCCGACAAACAUGAGCUCAAGCUCAGCUCACGCAGACCCAAGCAAUCGACCGGAAUGGGAGUCAAGACAUUGGCCAAGGGUAGGAAGGCAACUGUCAAAGCAGAGUCAGACCAUGCAAACUUGAUCCGAUCGAUCGUCCGAGGUGAAAGAAGAGCUCUUCCAGGUCAAUAUAUACCCAUCAACAACACAUUAGCACAGAUUCGAGGUCAGUUGAGACCGAGAGCUGUGGAACUAUCAAAGCAGAUGAGAGAAGUACAGAGGAUUCGAGAGGAUUAUCUUGAGGUUGUGGGGGUGGUGGAAGACUUGCUGAAGCAUGAUAGACAUCCUAGACCCUUAACAUAG